AUGUCAUCCAAUGAUCCUAACUCUUACGGCACAGAUGAUGCCUUCGACGAAUAUAUUGACAUGGAUUUUUUGAAAAGUGACACAAUGGAGGAAGACGUUGAUAUUGGAAAUAUGUCCACUUCUGAUCUUUUCCGUUAUUAUUUAGAAGGAGAACUAGCCAGGGACGCUACAAACCUUGACUCAUCGAUUUAUGCAACACCCAUGCAGAAUGCUUCAGAUGACUUUUCGAUGGUGACAAGUCCUAACUCCGUAACAGAAGAACCUCAAAUGAAUUCAAUAAAUCUUAUAGAAGAGUCUAACGCACUUUCUCAAUCGACAAAUGUGUCCAAUGAGGUUGGGCCUUCCUUGGCUAUGCUAAAUGCGCAAUUAGCCGAGUUAUUGUCGAAGCUUCCUUCAUUUAAGCAAGAGUCACAUACUGACGGCAAAGCUCCGACUUUGUCUGGCUCCACAUUACCAGUAAAGAAUAAUCCGCAGUCUAAUGUUCUUGCUGCACUCAAAUUGUCUGCGACUCCUAAUAAUAACAAAGAAAGUGAACAUAGUAAACUUGAUGAUAGUGCUCAAAUUGAUUUAAAAAAACUAUCAUCAAAAGAGCGACGGCAACUUCGCAAUAAAAUAUCUGCUAGAAACUUUCGUGUUCGAAGAAAAGAAUCGACGAAAGAGCAACAGCAAGAAGAAAUAAAUUUGCUUCGACAAGCUUUGAUGCACUUGCAAGAAGAAAAUACAAGAUUGAAACAAGAAGUUGAAGAAUUGCGAAAACAACAAAAACAAGCCAAUAAGCCAGUUAUUAAUUCACCUCCGUCUCCACCUCACAAUUCAACUCUAACGUCUAGAAGCAAUGCUCAACGUUCCAAAGCGUCCCAGCCAUCGUCCUCUGAUCCUCGAUAUCUUAUUCCCGACGUCAACAAAGAUAAACUAUCAUCAUCAUCACCUGCAAAUCAGAUCGCAUUGCAAGAUCCUCGUGUUAGGGUACAAACAACGCUCAUUCCUGAAUUCAAUCUUGAUAAACAUUUGUUCGAGGAAAAAUCCGCAUUUCCCUAUUCUAGCAUUUGGAAUGAUUCUAUGGUCGGACAACCUUCUUUGAGAGAUGUUAUUGCAUUUGACCAAAGGACUUUGUUCGCUUAUAUGUUGAUCACUACUGUGAUGCAACGACUUACCACAUUGUUUAUUGAAGCAGUAUGUGCCACUCCGCAGAAUAAAAUGAUUUCUGCUUUGUUCCCCCCGGAGACCUUAACUGAAAGUCUGCAAUCUCUGGAGAUUGUCGACGAAAAAGAUGACAAUAAUCCAAUGGUCGAAUCUAUUAAAGAAGCUUCUGUGCUCGAUUGGCUUUAUGAUACAAUGGUAAAACAUGUUGCUGAACAGAGUAAGGUAGAAGCCAGAAUUAUGGAGCUUAGUGAUUGGGUUGGAGAAGAGUGGGAUGAUACUGUUUUGCCUUUCUUGUUUUAG